AUGAAACCGUCUCGUCGCGGCGGCACCAGUGGUGGGGGCAUCCGCAAGCAGCGGGGUCCGACACGCACCGAUCGGGAUGGUGAUAUGGACAUGGAACGACCUGGUGUGAGGGGAGGAAAGCGUGGUCGAGGUGACACCGGACGGUCAAGUGGAGCCAGCCGACCCCAGGCGCGCGCGAGGAAUCUGGAUCUCCUUGAGACUGCAGUCUCCGGAGGAGGCAAGGAUUCUCAGGCCAAUAUUCGCCAAGGUCAAGGCUCCGGCUCUAGCAACAGCAACCUGGAAUCUUUCAGUGUAAGCGGAUGGAAGAACAGCAAGGCGGCAGGCAAGCGCGACGGCGGCGUCGAAAGCCUCACCGCAUUUCUCGAGAGACGAAUGAAUGCAAUCGUUAAAUCUGGACCCCGCGCUAAAAUCACCAAGUCGCGCGUCGAAGGCGACAUUCUCGUUGUUUUCGUCAAGCGAGAACUGGCGGAUCGGAUGAUUCGAACCAAUGGCAAUCUGUGGGCAGGCGUUAACAUCACCGUCAAACGAUACGAUGGAUCUUCGACUGCAGCACUGGAUCACGACCUGGCUACUAGCAACGGCACCUCUGCCGCGACCGCAGACACAAAAUCCAAGAUGACGGAGAUCCUCAGCAAGCGCUACUUUCCGGAAUCAAAAAUUCUCGACCUUUCAAAGCUCGGAACCGACGAAGGCCUGCGGGCCAUGGGAAUCUUUAACAGCACCUCUACGGAGUCGAAGUUUUUCCCGGCCCUGAUGAAGGUCUGGGAGAUGCAGUUCACCAACUCCACCGAGAGACGCGAGGCAGUGGAGAGUGUCAGCUUGUCUGACAACCAACUUGCCAACAUUACAGUCGUUACUACUCUCGCUCAGACCAUCCCCGAUCUGAAAAAUCUAGACCUUAAAAACAAUAACUUCAAAGACGCUUCUUCACUGACCGGCUGGCGGUGGAAGUUCCGAAACCUGGAGUUCCUGGAUCUGACUGGAAACCCCAUCAGUGCCGUCCCGACUUUCAAGGACACCAUGCUCAAGUGGUACCCCAAACUACGGGUCUUGAACAACGUUGAAGUUCGAACUGCAGAAGAAAUUGCUGCGCAGAAAAAGACACCCAUCCCUGUCUCAGCACCUGUCUACCAGGACGAGUCUCAGAUUGCGGAAAACUUCAUUCGUGGCUUCUUUAUUGGCUACGACACCAACCGCCCCGAGCUUGUCAAUGGGUUUUACGACAAGGAAUCUACCUUCUCCAUAAACAUCAACACGCAGGCUCCCAAGGCUCAGCAAACUGGAACGGCGGGCUGGGAUCCUUACAUCAAGAGAAGCCGCAACCUUCUCAAAAUCAGCCAUCUUUCUGCACGCAUGUCGCGUGCUUUCACUGGCGCCGAGAAAAUUCUCGAGCUGUGGAACGAUCUCCCUCAAACUCGCCACCCCGACAUCAGUACGCAUGCUGAUGAUUAUCUUAUUGAAUGCCAUCAAAUGCCGGGACUCCCUGACCCCACUGGACAGAGCGCUACUGGUGUUGGUGGUCUUAUCAUCAUGGUGCACGGAAAGUUCGAGGAAAGUGUUGGAGGCAAGGUAGAAACCCGCAGUUUCGACCGCACUUUCAUCAUUGGGCCCGGUGGUGGCCUCGGCGGCAUCCGAGUUGUCAGUGAUGUGUUGUGUCUCCGAGCUUACGGUGGCAAUGAGGCGUGGAGCCCCGAGAGUCAGGCUAUUCCUCAGGCCAUUCCUCAGGCAGUUGCUCACCCCGCCGCCGUGGCCCCAGCCCCAGUCCCUGCUGCCCCUGUUCCUCAACUCGCCCUCCCUGCGGGCUACGGCGCCCCUGCCCCCGGUAAACCCGAUACUCAAGUCCAGCAAGAACAACUCGUCGCUCAGAUGAGCGCCAAGUCUGGCAUGACCCUCCAAUUCUCGGAGAUGGCCCUCUCGGGCAAUGGUUGGAACCCCGAAGCCGCUUGGAAGAACUUCGAAGAAUUGAAGGCACAGGGUACUCUCCCCGCUGACGCUUUCCUCCCUACGGCAUGA